GACUGUAGCCUGAAUACACACAACCACACACACAUAUACACGCUCACACGGUUGUCCGCACAAAACAAUCUAGUAAAUAACACACCAAACUAUAAUAUCCCAGGAUUUACACCGCUAUUCACCAGACAAGACCGAAGGAGAUCCAAAUAAGGCUGUCAUUCUACCUAACUAAUUCUUUUGUGUUCCACAAGAAGAAAGUCAUGCAAGUUUGAGACAAUAUGAGGUUUCACAGGUGGGCUUUCUACUAACUGGUUGCCGUGGUAACGUGUUGCCAUGCCGUUCCCUUUCGGUAAGUCUCACAAGUGUCCAGCGGACAUUGUGAAGAACCUGAAGGACAACAUGACCAUUCUGGAGAAACAGGACAUCUCGGAUAAGAAGGCUGAGAAGGCCUCUGAGGAGGUUUCCAAAUCUCUGCUGGCGAUGAAGGAUAUUCUUUACGGCACUAAUGAGAAGGAGCCGCAGACAGAGGCCGUGGCUCAGCUCGCUCAAGAGCUCUACAAUAGCGGUCUGCUCAGCACACUCAUCGCAGACCUGCAGCUUAUUGACUUUGAGGGCAAGAAAGAUGUGGCGCAAAUCUUUAACAAUAUUCUGAGACGUCAGAUCGGCACACGGACACCCACUGUGGAAUACCUGUGUACUCAACAGAACAUACUGUUCAUGCUGCUUAAAGGAUACGAGUCUCCUGAUAUCGCUCUGAACUGUGGAAUAAUGCUGAGGGAAUGUAUUCGGCACGAGCCGCUGGCCAAGAUUACCCUCUGCUCUGAGCAGCUCUACGAUUUCUUUAGAUAUGUGGAGAUGUCCACCUUCGACAUCGCCUCGGAUGCAUUCGCCACUUUUAAAGAUUUGUUGACAAGACACAAACUGCUUAGUGCUGAGUUUCUGGAGCAGCACUAUGAUAGAUUCUUCAGUGAAUAUGAGAAACUUCUUCACUCAGAAAACUACGUCACUAAGAGGCAGUCACUGAAGCUUUUGGGAGAGCUGCUUUUGGACCGGCACAACUUUACUAUAAUGACGAAGUACAUAAGCAAACCAGAGAACAUCAAACUCAUGAUGAAUCUACUGAGAGACAAAAGCCGCAACAUCCAGUUUGAGGCCUUCCAUGUCUUUAAGGUGUUUGUGGCCAAUCCGAACAAGAACCAGCCCAUUCUCGACAUCUUGCUGAAGAACCAGACCAAACUAAUCGAGUUUCUAAGCAAGUUUCAGAAUGACCGCACCGAGGACGAGCAAUUCAGUGACGAGAAGACCUAUCUAAUUAAACAAAUCCGUGACCUCAAGAGGCCAACCCCGCAGGACGCCUGAAAACGAUGAAGAAUGUAAAAUAAAUGCAUAGGGAACGUCUAGACAACGUUUAGGCAAUGUCUGGACAAUGUUUGGCUCUCUGGAAAGUUGAGUGGCCACAGCAACGGGCAAGUUUGAACAGAUUUGUGUUUAGCAGGAAACAUUAAAUGCCAUUUGAGCUCAGUGGGUGAGAAAUAUGACGAAGAGGAUGAAGAAGGGUCUUGCUUCACUAGACAUACAACCUCUCCCCAACAAUGUUUUAUUCUCAUGUUUAAUGAAAACGAGCUAAAUGAACAGAAAAGACAGAAUUAGAUGCUGCCGCAUUGUUGCACGUAAAGAAGUGGAGGGAUUUUGUACCUUGCACAAACAUGCGCACUCAAAUGUCUCUUUAUGCUAAUGAGCCCAUACGAUGCAAAUGGAGUUUGGUAAUUGGACCGAUGAAUUCAAGGAAAUUGAUAUGUGAAAAGCACUUAGCAUAUCCCUUAAUCAUACACUCGCAUCAUUUACUCACUCUGCCUACUAUGCGAGUUGCAAAGGUUGUAUUUGAGGUAAAACUGUGAUGCAUACAGCAUGCUUUGAACAUGUUUGUGUGUGUGAGAGGUUAAUUAUACAUACAAGUUGUGUAUCCUGGGUGAGGGAGUGGACAUGUACAUAGGCUUUUUCAUCUUCCCUUUUUGUUUUGGCUUUGUAGAAUUCUGUGGACAUUCACAUACAGCUCAGCCUGAAAGGUUUUUUCUUAUUGUUAUUAUUUACUUUGAAAGAUGUUUGGAAAUGUGUUGACUGUGUAGGUUUGUUGAUGGUUAGUGUUGUGACUGUGCUGUGGCAGCUGUUGACCCUGAUUUGACACAUUCUUUUACUUUAACUCAUUUUCUUGUCAUUGCUUUGAGAGGGUUUUAUGGAAACUAAUCUGAAAUCGGCUUUCUGUGAUUAUGACCAAGUUUGUACCCUACUCUAGCUUUCAGUAGCAUGACAACAACAGCCUAGUAUAACCAGUAGUCCUACUUUGGCGGUAUGACAAAUUCUGAACAGUCAAUUUGACCCUUGUUUAGAUACAUUAGGAAGAUGUGUCCAGGUUGCAUUUCAACCUAAAAUAAAAAGGAAAAGAAUCAGUAAAAUGUUGCAUGAAGAAAAUGAAGCUUAUUUUAGGAGCACUGGGAUAUUUUGCAUUUUAAACAAUUAUUUUCAUGGUAAUUAAGAACAUUUCCCCAGCAAAUUCUCAUUGCUGUAAGGCAUCCAAAUGUUUUACUUUGAGUUUUUUGUAAUUUUGUAAUCCCUUUUUUCUCAGUGCUAAUCCUCUUUAGAUUCUCAUAACUGUAAAAUGUUUUUUUUUUUUUUUGCUGUAUUGCUAUAAAAAAAAAAUACUGUAAUGCAUUAAAUAAAAUUAUUGUAAUUAAAUUUAAAUGCAGUGCAACAAAUACUAAUUUGAGAUAUAAAUGCUUUAUAUACAAUGUAUUGUAUACAAUUUAAAUAAUACAUUAUUCCUAUUUUCCUUUGGGUAUAUUAUGCAUCAUGGAUAUUAGAAUUGGAUGGGGGAAAUUUGCUUAAUUGUCUUGAAAAUGAUGUCACAAUGCAAAAGGUUUUAAAGGUCCAAAAUAGGCUUAAUUUUGUAUGUAAUAUUUGUAUUUAUUUUAUUUUUUAUUUUGAGAUGAAAUAUGACCCUGACAUGCUCCUGAUGAUUUUUGUGAGAAACGUGAUGCAAGCUCAGAUAUUAUCCUUCCUUACAAUAGGUAUUUGUUGGGGUAAAAAAACAAAUUCAGAGUGAAAUAUUAGUAGCAGUUUAAACUGAAAUCGUUGUAUGUGGCUUACCAGCUCACGCCCAUAUUAACAUCAACUGGUGGCGGCUGGAGGAAACCGCAAAUUGAACAGCCACAUCCUUUGUGAAUGUUUUUAUUUAGACUUCUUUUAAGAAUUCUGUAAGAUAAGUGUUAUUGCCUUGUUAUUUGCAGUACUGGUGUUAAAACGGUUGUCCGCAGAAAGUUUGUAAAGGAAAGUUCACCUAAUAAUGAACAUUUUGUCAUGUGGAUCCAAACUUGUGUGACUUUCUUUAGAACACAAAAGGAAGUGUUAGGUAGGAUUUACAUCCUCAAUUACUAUUCGACUUCAUUAUAUUUAAAAAGAUGCAAUGAAAAUGAUUGGCGAAUGAGGCUGUCAAUCUGCCUAGCAUCUCCUUUUGUGUUCCACAGUCAUAUGAGUUUGGAACAAUAUGAGGGUGAGUAAGUAAUGACACAAUUUUCAUUCUUGAGUGAACUUUUCCUUUAAAUACCACACAAAUUUAAAACUGAAGUGUAAAGCAUUACUGCUUUAUCUUACAUUGUGUCCGGCAUUGCUUGCCAGAAACACUUCAUAAACUACCAUCAGAGAAUGCAACUGUAAUUCAUAAGGAUAACUUUUCUUAAUUUUAAAUACAGAACUUUAGCCCAUAAAACUUGUUCUACAGAAAGUUUACAGUCAUGUUUUGAGCAACAGGGAUUGACAUGUCUAUUAAAGUAUUUGAAUUUAGCGAACAAAAAGAUAAAAGCAAAAGUAGCAUAAAGAUGUAAAUUUUUUAUAUCUCUGCAUAUCUUGUUAUAUGGUGACUGGCAACGCACCAUAAUAAGUGAUUUAGUCUGCAUCUAUGAUUUAGGCCAGACUAGACUCUCAUUGGUUGGCACAUGUAACAACAGCCAAUCACGGCCCUCUUGUUUGCUUAACAUCAUAAUGGGCCAAGAGCAUUAAGAAUUCUGAGAAUAAGAAAACUUCUCUUGCAAAUAAGUGCAUGUUUCUAUUUUGCAGUCUUAUUAGAGUUAACAUUGAUGUCUGACAGACAGGCUUUGGACCACUUGGCCCUGUUUCUGUUCAGUUAAACAGUCCAGUCUAACCAAUGUAGAUCCCACCCAAGGAAUAAGACUUGGGGGUUUGGGCACAGAAAUGGUGGGAAUUUCAUCUGAAAUGUCAAUCAGUAGCCAGACUAAUAGUUGGAAAUAAAGUUUGCAAGACAAGAAA